AUGGAUGGGAUCUGUCUCGGCCGAGAUUAUGUACGUCGCCCAUCACAUCAGCGUGACUCAGCACGUUCCCAUCAUCCUCCUGACCAAUUUCCAGCGUCUUCCAGUGUCCUGCUACUACGCAGGGCCUCCCUUGCCCACGAACGCGGUCCGGCGCUCGUCCUCGAUCCCCUCUGUCCUCUCGUCGUUGAUGGAAUGCACGCCGAGGCACUGAAUCAUUUCAUGUCUUCACGCUUGCCUUUCGGGUCUCCUCCCCGCCUUUGA